UUAAAAUUGUGCUUCACGAAUAAAAUUUCAAUCAUUUCAUGUUUGACCGAGAUCGCGAAAUGUCGUGUUAUGCAAUAUUAAAAAAAAUUAAAAAAAAAAGAUAGCAAAAUAAAAAUUAAAUAAUCGCAAAUACGCUAUUGUGCACGUUUUCAACUAAAAAAAAAAAAAUAAAGAAUAAAAUAAAAAUAAAUAAAAUAUUCAACUAACAAAUCGGAUAAAUAAAUAAAAAGGUUUUUUUUAAUAAUUUUCAAUUAAAAUAUAAGCAAAUAAUAAGGAAACGAAAAAUUAUUGUGUAUAACAGUUUGUUUUUUAUAUUUUAUUACAAUUUAUUUAAAAUUUUAAAAAAUUUGUGAUUAGAAUAUUUUAAAAUUUUUGAAGAAUUUACGAAAUUUUCAUAACGAAAUGAAAACAAUUUGGAAAAUUAGAAAAAAUUUAAAAACAAAAACGCACAUUUCAAUUCUUAUAACAUUAACUAUAAUUUCUUUAUUUUUUAAUACAAAUACAGUUUUAGGUUUUGAUUUAGUUUGUCAAAUAAUACAAACAAACGGUUAUCCUUGUGAAAUAUAUCAAGUAAAUACAGAAGAUGGUUAUAUUUUAUCUUUAUAUAGAAUACCACCGAAAAAAAUGAAUUCAAUACCAUUUGUAUUAAUGCAUGGUAUUAUUGGAUCAUCUGCUGAUUUUGCAUUACUUGGUAAAAAACGUUCAUUAGGUAGCAUAUUACAUGAUAAUGAUUAUGAUGUAUGGUUACCAAGUGCACGUGGUACAACAUAUUCUAAAAGACAUCGUAGUUUAGAAUCAAAUGACAAUAAAUUUUGGGAUUUUAGUUGGCAUGAAAUUGGCUAUUAUGAUUUAGCAGCUGUUAUCGAUUUUAUUUUAGAAAAAACAAAUCAAACAAAAGUACAUUAUGUUGGACAUUCACAAGGUUCAACAGUUUGUAUGGUAUUAUUAACAGAGAAACCAGAAUAUAAUGAUAAAAUUGCUACAGCAUCAUUUUUAGCACCAGUCGCUUAUCUAUCACAUUUAUUAAGUCCACCAUUGCGUAUACUUGCAACUAAAAUGAGUGAUAUUGAACAAUUAACAAGACGUUUAAAUUUAUAUGAAAUUUUACCAACAUCAGCUUUAAAUCAAUUAGGUGGACAUUUAUUUUGUGCGCCUGGUCUAGCAACACAAAGUUUAUGUAUUUUAUCAACAUAUUUAGUUGUUGGUUUUAGUGAUUAUGAAUUAGAUAGGAAUGUUUUACCGAAAAUAUUAGAAACAACACCUGCCGGAAUCUCAGCAAAACAAUUAUUGCAUUUUGGCCAAGCAAUUUAUUCUGGAAAAUUUCAACAAUACGAUUAUGGUUCAAAACAGAAAAAUUUCAAUCAUUACCAACAAAAAACACCACCUGAAUAUAAUUUAAAAAAUAUUAGAAUACCAUUAUAUUUAUUCUAUGGCACCAAAGAUUACAUUAUGGUUAAACAGGACGUUAUGAUUUUGGCAUCCCAACUUAAAAAUGCAAAAGUCUCAGUAAUCGAAUUAAGAGGAUUUAAUCAUAUUGAUUUAUUAUAUUCAACAGAGGCAUAUCGAUUUAUUUAUAAAAGAAUAUUGGCUAACACAAAAAAUUAUUUACAAAAUAAUAAAAUUAUUAGCUAGCAUAUUUUUAAAAAAAUUAAAAUUCUAUUAUAAAAAGUCCUGUAAAUAUUAAAUAAGAGUAAAAAUUUAAUUUGUAAAUUUUGUAGAGAUAUCGAAAUAUGUAAAUAAUAUUAAAAGAAAAAACUAGU